AUGGCGAACUCAAGAGCCUCCUCCAGCGAAAGCUUCAGCCGCUCCCAAUUUGAGUCGCUGCUAAAAAGACGCUUCUUCUACACCGAAGCCUUUGAAGUGUAUCGAACCGCGCCAAACUACAAGGGUGACAAUCGCGGCCUCUACGACUAUGGCCCCCCCGGCUGCGCACUACUGGCGAACAUCGUCAACGAAUGGCGCAAGCACUUUGUCAUUGAAGAGAAUAUGCUGGAAGUUGAUUGCACGGCCAUCACGCCAGAGGCGGUCUUGAAAGCGAGUGGUCACGUUGACAAGUUUGCGGAUUGGAUGUGCAGAGAUCCGGUCAAGGGUGAAUAUCUACGUGCUGAUCACCUCGUUGAAACGGUGCUGGAGACAAGGCUUUCGAAUAGUCGAAUGGCUGGCAAGGAUAGUAAGGGCAAGUUGGAAAGGUUGGAUGAUGCCACUGUGGGACAGUACGAAGGUAUUCUCGCCAAGAUUGAUAACUAUGACGGCCCUGAACUUGGCAAAUUAAUCAAGGACCUUGACAUCCGCAACCCCAAUGGCAAUGGAAAGGUCGAGCACCCAACUGCCUUUAACCUCAUGUUUGCAUCCACCAUCGGUCCCAGUUCCGCAUCCCCAGUAUACUUCAGACCCGAAACCGCACAAGGCCAGUUUCUCAACUUCCGAAAACUACUAGACUAUUCCCAAGGCACCAUGCCCUUCGCAUCAGCCUGCAUCGGCAAGUCCUACCGCAACGAAAUAUCCCCCCGAUCAGGCCUCCUCCGCGUCCGAGAAUUCCUCCUCGCAGAAAUAGAACACUUUGUCGAUCCAGAGAGCAACAAACGCCACGACCGGUUCGACGAAGUGUCUGACAUCAAAUUGCCCUUCUUGGAUAAAGAGACGCAACUUUCUGGGCGGACAGACAUCUCGCACAUGUCUAUUGGCAAAGCCGUUGACAUUAAACUUGUGAACAAUGAAACACUGGGCUAUUUCCUCGCGCGAGUGUACCUUUUCCUGGUGAAGCUUGGUGCUGAUCCGGGCAGGUUUCGAUUCAGACAGCAUCUUGAUAAUGAGAUGGCGCAUUAUGCUUGUGAUUGCUGGGAUGCAGAGCUGCUUACUAGCUAUGGCUGGAUAGAGUGCGUUGGCUGUGCGGAUAGGAGCGCAUAUGACUUGACUGUUCAUUCGAGAGAGACUGGCACGCCGUUGACUGUGAGGGAAGUGCGUGCUACGCCUCUUGAGAUUCGGGAAUGGCGGGCAUCGCUGGAGAAGAAGCUUGUGGGACCGCGGUUCAAAAAGGAUGCCAAGAUGAUUGAGUUUGCUAUUGGGAAACUGGAUCAGGAUACUCUCGAGGGAUUAGCUAAGGAACUAGCUGACAAGGGCGUAAUCACAAUUCCAACGGAUGAGCUUGCCAAUGGCGCAACGUCUGUCGAGCUUUCGUCAGAUAUCUGUUCCAUUGAGCAAGUCACUCGCGUUGAGAAUAUGAGGGAAUACACCCCGAAUGUCAUUGAGCCUGCAUUUGGUAUCGGCCGGAUACUGUACUGUAUUCUCGAACACGUCUACUGGAAUAGGGCGCACGAUACUGCUCGAGAGGUUCUCUCGCUGCCUAUCCUCGUGGCACCUACAAAGGUGUUGCUAGUUCCACUGUCAAAUAACGCUUCUUUCAAGCCUGUUAUCAAGAGUCUUGCUACUCGGCUGAGAAGCCUGGGUAUUGCUAACAAUGUAGACUCGUCGAGCGCGUCUAUUGGUAGGCGGUACGCAAGAAAUGAUGAACUUGGUACGCCGUUGGGCAUUACUGUGGACUUCGAUACUCUGCAGGAUGGGUCUAUUACUUUGCGGGAACGGGAUUCUACGGCCCAGGUACGAGCGUUUGAGGAUGAGAUCGUUGAGGCAGUUAGGAAUCUUGUUGGUGGGAGUGAGACGUGGGAGGAGGUAGUGAGGAGGUUGCCUGUGUUUAUGGGGCAGAGUCAGGAUGAUUGA